CAACCAAGCUCAAGAAGCUGCGCAGAGGUUACUAGUGCCUCAGGCUCCUCCUGCGGCACACGCACAGAACUGGCCUCUUGGAGGACAUAAGCAUCCCGUCCCGAGGCCUCAAGCGCCUCCUGGCAACGAGGCUGACGCUUCCAUCGUCGCCCUCGCUCCCAUUGUCCACGAUGAUUCAGGAGUCGCUCAAGAAGCAGCGCAAAAACAGCCAGACGAAGAUCCUGUCACCUUUUCUCUUCUCAUGUGGUCGGAAGCUUCUGCGAGUGAAGGCGUGAUUUUAAUCAAGUCCAUCCUUAUGUACGCGUCGGGGCCGAUACAUAUUCAUGUUAUCUGCGACGAAGCUGCGCAGAAAUAUCUUGAGAAGCGCUUGGCCCUAGUCACACGACCAAGAUACAAUAUUUUGAUUCGCUUCUACCGGCCGUCCUGGCAGGCCAUGGCCGACCGCGUUGAGCGCGAGGGUUCCAUCUCAACGAUCCACUCUGCCGGCAUCG